AUGGACACCAAUAGGCAACUACCAGAACCACCCCCCCCUCCACGUUUAAUGGCCUCCUCCAAUUCCCCACAAUCCCGUCCUAUCGCUCCAUACCAGCAACAAUCCCUACCUUCUAUUCGUCAACUCCACCCCUAUCUUCCUCCUUCCGGCAUGGCUCAACAACAUUUGCCCCCUACCGACCCGACUACUUACACUUAUCCACUCCCAACCUCUUAUUCAGCCCCGGCUGGCUCCUCCGAAAUUCUUCAACCUCCCUCACAACAUGCCCUGUACGGUCGUGCCGAAAUCUUGGACUCUGAGCCCGAAGGUGAGGUAGAGCAACAAGGUCCUGCUAAAAAGAAAAGGCGAAGACAAGCUCUGAGCUGUAAUGAAUGCAAACGAAGAAAGAUUAAAUGCGACAGAGCUCAGCCCUGUGGACCAUGUACUAGACGUGGCGAACAGUCAAAAUGUCAAUGGCGAACUUUAGAGCCGGUGGACAAAUACGUCCUUCGCACUGAUUUUGAUGAACUCAAAACCAGGUCCAAGGCCGAAUACGACGAAUUGAAGGCUAGACUUGAUCACCUUGAAUCCGUGGUCGCGCGUCUUUUCCCCCCACCCGGCGGCCCUGCCAACGUGCCCAUGUAUUCAAUCCCUGCUGAUAUUUCAGGGGCGUCGUCAACGGACAACGUAACUUCAUACCACUCAACCCAUUCGUCCGCGGGACAACCAUUAUACGUUCCUUCGUCAUCUUCUUUCACUCAAGACCCGACAAAAUCACAAUCUUACGCCGGCUCUUCCUCACCUCAUAUUGCGGGGUCUGGAAUUGGUCACGGACCUUCCAUUUCAUCCCCCUCGAACACAGUCUCACAAAGUGCAGGCCCAUCUCAUCUCCGCCAUCCCUCGGAUGCCAAAUCACCCACUAUUGUCAGACAGUCUCCGCUUUCUUUAGCUUCCAUCACAUCUCCUUACAAUGCUGACACUCAGCCAAAAAACUUCCACGCGCAGACGUUCAGAAUACUGGGCGAGCGUCUGCGCCCGGUUCUAAAAAGUUGGAAAGGCCCAGUGGAACUUCUUUGCGCCAUCCUCAAGCGAUGGAACAUGCUGCGAUGCCCGGCUCAGCAGGCGUUACAAUGGAAGGCCCGUCGAUGUCACCAGGGUCGCACCAUCUAUCGUCAUCGAGACGUUAUGGUGAUCCUUCCAUAG